AUGGAUUGUCUCUCUUACAUUACCAUCGGAUCAAAUGAUACUAAGCCGGUGAAAUCGUGUUGUGUCGGAAUCGAAUCGGUUAUUGAAUAUAACCCACAAUGCGUUUGCUUUGGCUUGGCAAGUAGCAGCCAGUUGGGGUUUGAAUUGAAUAACACAAGAGCUCUUGACAUGCCUAAGACCUGCAAGCUCCCCGUUACUCCUCCGCAUUGCCCUGCGCUAUCAGGCGCCUCGGCACCGGGUGCAUCAGCAUCAACUCCUAGUUUGUCUCCGGUUUCUCCAUCGGCUACAACACCUACUAGUUCGCAAUCUUCAGCCGACUCGCGGGCAACUUCGCCAUCUUCGACGACGACGAUGACUGCACCGUCUCCAGCAUCUUCUGGCACCAACAACCUCUCAGUUCCAACACUGAUCCUCGUUGCUAUUUUAAUUUCUUCUAUUGCUUACAUUUCGGCUUUGUCUAAUUAA